GUAUCGGGUAUUUGUCAUGAAAACUACAAUACCCACAAUUACUAGCGAACAAGCGAUUCCUGUUGACAUCUGCUGGAUACACCACUCACACGCGCUUUACAGCCCAUUCAGAUGCUUUGGAAGCCAGAGAAUUAAGCUGGAAACCAGUGUAUGGAUUAGAGCAUCAGAGGACGAUGUCUCCUCCGCGACUCACCGGUGCACUGCGCUCCUUCUCCAAUGUCAGCAAGAAGGAGGACUGUACUGAUCAGCUCUAUGAUCUGAAGACCAAACGACUGAAGAGACGAGAGCUAUUUGCCAGAGAGGGCCUGACGUGGGAGAAGAUUGUCCAUUUCUGCACUGAGCAUCAGGACAAAGCUAAGCAGCAAGCUGCCAGUCAAGAACUGAAGAGCCUCCUUCUGGCAGCCAAGCAGAUUGUGGGGACUGAACAUGGCCAGGAGGCCAUUGAAAGUGCCGCUGUCUUUCUAUUUGAGACCUUUCACAAUAAAGACCAUGUGGGCACAGAGGAAACCCGGGCCAUUAAACAGAUGUUUGGCCCUUUUCCGUCAUCUGGAGCUGAAGCCUCCUGUGCCUCUGUGGCUCGUCUGGUGGCUUCACUUGGAGAAUCCCGUGUGGAGGACUUUAUCCAGACCAGGAGCUCCCGUCACCACCCCCAACGAGGCUCUGCUUUCGGACGCAACAUCGCCUUCUCGUACGACUGCUACGCACUGGACCCACUGGAGGACCUGCACUGCUCAGGCAUCAGUGAGGACAAAGUCAACUUAGACUUUAUUAACUUCCUCAACAACCAGCAGAGCGGGAGGAAGAUUGCAGCUGAAGAAGAGAUGUCCAGUUUCGGGAGAUCUGCGAGUGCUGGGAAUGGAGCCAUCCUUAGAAGAGAGGUAGAGAAGUAUUUGAACGGAGGCAGCAUGAUCUCAUCCAGCCCAGAGGAGCUGUGCACCUCCCUGUUUGAAAUGCUGGCCUCCCACAAGAGUGACGAUGAGCUGCAGAAUGAGUUGUUCGAACUGCUGGGUCCAGAGGGGCUAGAGAUGAUCUCCACUCUCCUCCAGCAAAGGACGGCCAUCGUCGACUCCCUCCUCGCCAUCCCACCUGACAGGACUGGCUAUCAACCGGAAAUGGGCCGAAAAGUCAGUGGCGAAGUGACCAAGCCUACCUAUGGGUGCCAGGUGACCAUCCAGUCGGAGCAGGAGAAGCAGAUGAUGAAGAUGUACCGCAGGGAGGAGAAGAGAGAGAGGAAAAGAGGCAAAGGAACAGAUGACGGCGACUCUUCAGAUGCUGUCAUGCCCUUUGACCCCAGAGAGAUGAGAGCUCAGCGGGAGCAGGCCUUACUGACUGCACGACGUGAGCCUGUACUCAGCAGAGAAAGAGUGUAUGAACGCAUUCGAUAUCCCAAUGUCUACGACAGCUAUGCAGAGGCUACAAAGUUGCCUGCAUUUGUUGGAGGAGCAAGGAUGCUGCUACCCGAGGGAAUCCGCAGAGAGAACAGUAAGAUGUAUGAAGAGGUGGAGAUCCCACCCAACGAACCCAUGCCUAUUGGCUUUGAAGAGAAGCCUGUCUACAUCUCUGAACUAGAUGAGAUCGGACAGCUGGUGUUCAAGGGGAUGAAGCGCCUGAACCGGAUCCAGUCCAUGGUGUUUGAGACGGCCUACAAUACCAACGAAAACCUUCUCAUCUGCGCUCCGACUGGCGCCGGCAAGACCAACAUUGCCAUGCUGACCGUCCUUCAUGAGAUCCGCCAGCAUCUGCAGCCUGGUGGUGUCAUCAAGAAGGAUGAAUUCAAGAUAGUAUAUGUGGCUCCGAUGAAGGCCUUGGCAGCCGAGAUGACUAAUUACUUCAGUAAGCGUUUGGAGCCACUGGGCAUCAUUGUUAAAGAACUCACUGGAGACAUGCAGCUUACCAAAGGGGAGAUCCUACGAACACAGAUGUUGGUGACGACUCCAGAGAAGUGGGACGUUGUGACCAGGAAGAGUGUGGGAGACGUGGCUCUGUCCCAGAUUGUGCGUCUCCUGAUCUUGGAUGAAGUUCACCUUCUCCAUGAAGACAGAGGACCAGUGCUGGAGAGCCUGGUGGCCAGGACCCUCAGACAGGUGGAGUCCACUCAGAGUAUGAUCAGGAUCCUGGGACUGUCAGCCACCCUGCCCAACUAUCUGGAUGUUGCCACCUUCUUACAUGUCAACCCCUAUAUUGGCCUCUUUUUCUUUGACAGUCGCUUCAGACCAGUGCCCCUUGGGCAAACCUUUGUUGGCAUCAAAACCACAAAUAAGAUCCAGCAGCUUCAUGACACGGAUGAGGUUUGUUACAACAAAGUUUUGGAGCAGGUUAAAGCCGGCCAUCAGGUGAUGGUGUUUGUCCACGCUCGCAAUGCCACAGUGAAGACGGCCAUGGGGCUGAUCGAAAUGGCAAAGAACCAUGGAGAAAUAUGCUUCUUUGAGCCAGAACAAGGUCCUGACUACGGCCAGUGUGAGAAGCAGAUCCAGCGCUCCAGAAACAAGCAGAUGAAGGAGAUGUUCCCGGAAGGCUUCGGAAUCCACCACGCCGGCAUGUUGCGGUCUGACCGCAGCCUGAUGGAGAGCAUGUUCUCCAAAGGUUACCUCAAGGUGCUGGUCUGUACUGCUACCCUGGCCUGGGGAGUGAACCUGCCAGCUCAUGCAGUUAUUAUCAAGGGUACUCAGAUCUAUGAUGCCAAGCGCGGUGCCCUGGUGGAUCUGGGCAUCUUGGACGUCAUGCAAAUUUUUGGGCGUGCAGGUCGUCCCCAGUUUGACAAGUACGGCGAGGGCACCAUCAUCACCACCCAUGACAAGCUUAGCCACUACCUGACCCUGCUCACGCAGCAGAACCCCAUCGAGAGCCAGUUCCAGGCCAGCCUGGCCGACAACCUCAACGCCGAGGUCGCCCUGGGGUCAGUCACCAACGUGGAGGAAGCAGUGAAGUGGCUCAGUUAUACUUACCUCUAUGUUCGCAUGAGGGCCAACCCACUGGCAUACGGCAUCAACCACAAGGUUUAUCAGAUGGAUCCGUCCUUGGAGCUGUACAGAAAAGAACUGGUGGUGGACUCGGGCAGAAAGUUGGACAAGGCCAGGAUGAUCCGCUUCGAGGAGCGGACUGGCUACUUUGCCUCCACUGACCUGGGCAGGACGGCCAGCCACUUCUACAUCAGAUACAACACCAUAGAGACUUUCAAUGAAAACUUCAACUCUCAGCGGACGGAAGCUGACAUCCUCAGCAUUGUGUCCAAGGCAGAGGAGUUUGAACAGCUGAAGGUUCGUGACGAGGAGCUGGAGGAGCUGGAUCAGUUGCUGUCUAACUACUGUGAGCUGCCAGCUGCAGGCGGGGUGGAGAACAGCUACGGCAAGAUCAACAUUCUGCUUCAGACGUACAUCAGCCGAGGAGAGCUGGACAGCUUCUCCCUCAUCUCAGACCUGUCGUAUGUGGCACAGAAUUCCGCCCGGAUCGUCAGGGCUUUGUUUGAGAUUGCUCUGAGGAAGCGCUGGCCGGCCAUGACUUACCGCCUGCUCACGCUUUGUAAGGUGAUCGACAAGCGGCUGUGGGGCUUUGCCCAUCCUCUCCGCCAGUUCCCCAACCUGAGUCAUGUUGUGCUGAACCGCUUGGAGGAGAAGAAGCUCACUGUGGACAAACUGAAGGAAAUGAGGAAGGAUGAGAUCGGUCACAUGUUGCACCACGUUAACGUCGGGUUAUCAGUCAAACAGUGCGUCCACCAGAUCCCUGCGAUCACAAUGGAGGCCAGCAUCCAGCCAAUCACACGCACCGUCCUACGUGUUCGUCUCAUCAUCACGCCUGACUUUCGCUGGAAUGACCAGGUCCAUGGGUCAGUGGGUGAGCCGUGGUGGUUGUGGGUGGAGGACCCCAUCAAUGAUCACAUCUAUCACUCAGAGUACUUCCUCCUGCAGAAGAAACAGGUGAUAACAGCAGAGCCUCAGCACAUAGUGUUCACCAUCCCUAUCUUUGAGCCCUUGCCUUCCCAGUACUACAUCAAGGCAGUGUCUGACCGCUGGCUCGGGGCCGAGGCUGUCUGCAUCAUUAACUUCCAGAACCUCAUCCUACCCGAGAGGCAUCCCCCGCACACCGAGUUGCUGGACCUACAGCCGUUGCCGGUGACAGCUCUGGGUAACCGGCAGUAUGAGAGCCUGUAUAAGUUCACACACUUCAACCCCAUCCAGACUCAGAUCUUCCACACGCUGUAUCACACCGACACGAACGUCCUGCUGGGGGCCCCAACAGGCUCUGGUAAAACCAUUGCAGCAGAGAUGGCCAUGUUCAGGGUCUUCAACAAGUAUCCAACCUCUAAGGUGGUGUACAUCGCGCCCCUGAAAGCUCUGGUCAGAGAGAGGAUUGAGGACUGGAAGAUCAGGAUUGAAGAGAAACUGGGGAAGAAAGUGGUGGAACUGACCGGCGACGUGACUCCAGACAUGAGAGCGAUAAUGCAGGCUGACCUCAUCGUAACUACACCAGAGAAGUGGGAUGGAGUGAGCAGAAGCUGGCAGAAUCGAAGUUAUGUUCAGAAAGUAGCCAUUCUCAUCAUCGAUGAGAUCCACCUGCUGGGUGAGGACAGGGGUCCGGUGUUGGAGGUCAUUGUGUCCAGGACCAACUUCAUCUCCUCUCACACCUCAAAGAGCGUCAGAGUAGUCGGUCUGUCCACAGCUCUGGCCAAUGCUCGAGACCUCGCUGACUGGCUGGGAAUUGGACAGGUGGGUUUGUUUAACUUCCGUCCUUCUGUUCGCCCCGUACCGCUGGAGGUUCACAUCCAUGGUUUCCCAGGUCAACACUACUGCCCUCGCAUGGCCAGCAUGAACAAGCCAACCUUCCAAGCGAUACGCAGCCAUUCACCAGCCAAGCCAGUGCUGAUUUUUGUGUCAUCACGACGGCAAACUCGACUGACUGCCUUGGACCUCAUUGCCUUCCUGGCUACAGAGGACAACCCCAAACAGUGGCUGCACCAGGACGAGAGAGAGAUCGAGGAUAUCAUUGCCACUGUAAGAGAUUCCAACCUGAAGCUGACGCUGGCCUUUGGGAUCGGCAUGCAUCACGCAGGCCUGCACGAGAGAGACAGAAAGACUGUGGAGGAGCUGUUUGUCAACUGUAAGAUCCAGGUUUUGAUUGCCACAAGUACUCUGGCGUGGGGGGUGAACUUCCCCGCCCACCUGGUGGUCGUCAAGGGAACUGAAUACUAUGAUGGCAAAUCCAGGCGCUACGUGGACUACCCCAUUACAGAUGUUCUGCAGAUGAUGGGGCGAGCAGGCCGGCCUCAGUUUGAUGACCAGGGCAAAGCAGUUAUCCUUGUCCACGACAUCAAGAAGGAUUUCUACAAGAAGUUCCUCUAUGAGCCUUUUCCUGUUGAGUCCAGCCUCCUCAGUGUCCUGUCAGACCAUCUGAAUGCUGAGAUUGCUGCAGGAACCAUCUCAUCCAAACAGGACGCAAUGGACUAUAUCACCUGGACGUACUUCUUCAGACGGCUGGUGAUGAACCCCAGUUAUUACAGCUUAGAAGACAUCAGCCAUGAGUUCAUCAAUAAGUACCUGUCCAACCUGGUGGAAAGAAGCCUGCGGGACCUGGAGUGCUCUUACUGUAUAGAAAUAAAAGAGGAUGAUCGAACCAUCGAGCCACUGACUUAUGGUCGCAUCGCCUCCUAUUACUACCUGAAGCAUCAGACCAUCCGCGUGUUUAAAGAACGGCUGAGGGCUGAGCUCCCCAUCCAUGAGCUGCUUUCCAUUCUGACGGAUGCAGAGGAGUAUGCCGAGCUGCCUGUCAGGCACAACGAGGACCAGCUUAACAGCCAGCUGGCUCAGCAGCUCCCCCUGCAGGUCAACCCUCAUUCCUAUGAUAGUGCCCACACCAAGACCCACCUGCUGCUGCAGGCCCACUUCAGCCACGCCCCGCUGCCAUGCAGCGACUACACCACUGACACCAAGACAGUGCUGGACAACGCCAUCCGAAUCUGUCAGGCAAUGCUGGACCUAGCUGCCAGUGAAGGUUGGCUUGUUACAGCCAUCAGUAUCUGCAACCUGGUGCAGAUGAUCGUCCAGGGCCGCUGGCUGCAUGACUCCUCGUUACAGACGCUGCCACAUGUGGAACAACAACACCUCUAUCUGUUCAGGAAAUGUGCACACAGGAAGGGGAGGGGCGACAUGGGAGGUUUCAGCGGCCCAAUCGAAGGACUUCCUGAGCUGAUUGAUGCCUGCAAUGGGAAGGAAAGUGUUUUCACUGCUAUUGUCAGCCAAGAGCUUCCAUCAAGUCAGAUUGCCCAGGCGUGGUCCUUCCUGAGUCACCUCCCGGUGCUGGAGGUUGAGAUGAGUGUGAAGGGCUGGUGGCAGGAGAGCCAUCAGCAGACGGAGCGUCCACUGCCUGCCGCAGGAGCUAACCUGCGGGAGGGGACAAGCUGGCUGGAUGUCCACGCCGACCAGGAGUAUGUCCUGCAGGUGUCACUGAGACGCAUCAACCUGGGCCAGCAGAGGAGAAAGCAGGACAGUAAGGCCCAGGCUCCCAGAUUUCCCAAGGCGAAGGAUGAAGGCUGGUUCCUGAUCAUUGGGGAGGUGGAUCGCAGGGAGCUACUGGCUGUCAAGCGGGUUGGAUAUGUGCGGAACCGCACGGCCGUGUCUGUGGCCUUCUACACACCAGAGAAGACGGGAAAGUGUAUCUACACGCUGUACCUGAUGAGUGACAGCUACCUGGGUCUGGACCAGCAGUACGACAUCCACCUGAACGUAACACCAGCCAGUAUUGCUGCUCAGGUGAACACAGAGGUGUCCGACUCGGUGACCGACCUGUCCCUCAGCUGAGGAAUAAUGACAAAGACGAGAAAGUCUGCAGUGCAACAGAGAAGUGUGAUCAAUCUGAAAGAGUGACUGGUGAAUUUUGUUUGUUUUUCAUCUUUAUGCUGAUCUCUCAUGAUCAGUGCAUUCCAGUCUUUUCCAAUGAUGGGUUAAAAUGUACUAUUUUAAUUUGGUUAGUAACUUCUAACACCAGCAGUGACCUUCAUCUCUUAAAAAUGUUUUAUAAUUUCAUUUAAUUGAUCUGACCUAAUUUAACACUGAAGUACUUGAUAUUUGAAGUGUUGCACUUGUGGCCACAGCUCAGUCAUUGAUGUCUCAGCUGGUAUUCAACCUCUGACAAGUGAUGCAAAAUACUGUCUGCAGCAACAGAUCAAAUGGGACUGUAGUGGGAAGUAGUUUUUGAACAAAGUAAGUUAGUUAAGUUAGUUACAUUGAGAAAGAAGUUCACCUACUUUUACACCUGCACUCGGGCAAACCAAGCAGUCUAUAAUGUGGACAACUGGCCGGUUUCUAAAAACCUCUUUCCUCAUUCUGCCACUGAAGCAUCCUGAUCCCUUAAGGCUGGGAACAGUUGGAGGUGAUGCUGUGUUGAAUCCUCGCCAAGUUUUUCCAAAACGCUUUCUAUGAUGCAUUGUGGGGGUAUUCAUAGAGUAUUAUAAUGCAUUCAUAAUGCUUUAUGACUACACUCAUAAUGCUUUCUGACGCACUCUGUCAACAUUAUCGAAAGUUAUCAUAGUAUUUGUUAAGUAAAGUGAAGUACAUAUUGUGUGAAAUCCAAUAAAGUGAAAUGUAUUAUAAUUUAAAAUAAUAUAUGCUGCGUUCUUAGAUAGUGUGUAGACUGUUAUAUCAUACUAGUCCUUACUACAGCUGAUUGAUGAGGUGUGUAAGGUGAGUAUGGGUAAUCAUAAUGCAUUAUAAUCAAUCUCUGGUUUAUACUAGUCAAGAGCAUCCAUGAAUGUAGAAUUCAUUAGUUACACAGUCAAGUCACACUCUAUGAUGUUUUAUGAAGGUUUAUGCAGUGCAUCAGAAAGCAUUAUGUGUGUUAAUGAGCAUGUUACCAGCUCUUCCAAUUUGGGGACAAUGCUCAGCUUCAGUCUGCUCUCAUGUGCCACAUCAGUUGAAUUUGGCAGCUCUGAUAUGGGAUCUCUAUUUUGUAUGCCACGGUGGUUCUUCUGGGCAAACUGGGCUCCACAACAUUUACUCAAAAAAAAAAAAUCAAUUCCAGUCAACAUCCAGUAUGAAGCUGCUACAGAGUUAUGUAAACAAGUCACUCUUUCAUAGACAGAGGAGAAAAAGGUCCCCUAAACGUCCCACAAAAACAAAAUAUUUUUCAAACAGAAAACGGACAGUUUGGUAAUAGAAUUAAGAAACUUUCACCAUAUUAAUACAGCAUGCCCAUCCAGUGUAUUCAAAUCAUAAACCUGUCUUGUUGUUGCCUAUAACAUAUCUAUGCAUCCACUCCCGUUUCACCAGCACUUGCAUAACAACCUAGACUAUAAUACUGCUGACACUGUGUCACUGUGACAAUAUAAGUAUUGAGAUGUGGUCAGAAUGCAAAAUGCUUUACGAAUUCAAGUCGACAGAGAAGUGGUUAUCUCAACUGUGUGACUUAGUGCUGAUCAGAAAUGUAAUCAGUUAAU